AUGACCGAUGCGAUAAACCCUCGUCUUAGCGCUGAGAAAAGCUUGGUGCUACACUAUAAUUGAAUAAAAUUCUUUGAAUAUUAUCAACAUAACCAUUCAACUUGCAUGGUUAUGCCUUUAAAUAUUAUCAGCAUAACUAUUCAACUUGGAUGGUUAUGCCGGCUUUGAAUAUUAUCAGUAUAACCAUUCAACUUGGAUGGUUAUGCCUUUGAUAAUUAUCAGCAUAACCAUUCAACUGGGAUGGUUAUGCCUUGGAAUAUUAUCAGCAUAACCAUUCAACUUGGGUGGUUAUGCCUUGGAAUAUUAUUAGCAUAACCAUUCAACUUGGGUGGUUAUGCCUUUGAAUAUUAUCAGCACAACCAUUCAACUUGGGUGGUUAUGCCUUGGAAUAUUAUCAGCAUAACCAUUCAACUUGGGUGGUUAUGCCUUUGAAUAUUAUCAGCACAACCAUUCAACUUGGGUGGUUAUGCCUUGGAAUAUUAUCAGCAUAACCAUUCAACUUGGGUGGUUAUGCCUUUGAAUAUUAUCAGCACAACCAUUCAACUUGGGUGGUUAUGCCUUGGAAUAUUAUCAGCAUAACCAUUCAACUUGGGUGGUUAUGCCUUUGAAUAUUAUCAGCACAACCAUUCAACUUGGAUGAUGCGCCAGAUCGAUAUUCUGACAGAGUUGUGAGCUUGUUUUGCCCACCCGAAAGGACGUGGGCGAAGUUAAUGUUUCUUUUCCCAAAAUUGGGGUGGGAUUUCUGGACUUCGCAUUUUCACUAACUUUCAGUUUCGAAAUAUAAAUGUACUGUAAUUUGUAAAAUUUUCAGCAAUAUUUUCGUAAAUUUAUCAAAAAUUUUCCUACAGUAACGCCGUUUUGUUCGCAAAUUUUCAUUUGAUGUGAAAACUUGAAAGUCAAAUAAACCUUUAAAUGAAAACUUGAGUUGAAUGUAAAACUUUAUACGGGGGGGAGGGGGGGUGUGAGAGAAACGGAAGUACUUAUUAUCCCAGGACUUGCGUAACUGCUAAAUUAAUGAAUGCUUUGAUCGUCUCGUAAUUCGUAAAUCAUGAUACAGGAAUAAUGUUUCCUAUACACAUUCUGACUCGGUUUCACACGAAGAAAUUUAAUACCAAGGCGUUUCAGAGUUCGUGGGCAAAAUAACAAAAACGUGUGGUAGAAAUUAUCGACUCCUGUUCAUUUUGUGUUGACAGUGUGCUCACACAUUCGGGAAGGUUGCAGACAAGAACAGAAAGACGUACAAGGUUUACAGUGAAAUUAUGGAAACACUUGUAGAGGUAUGAAGCUUAAUUUUAUCUUAUUUUGAAACUCUAUGAUUAAGUUCUUUUAAAAGCAUUUUACAUAGGAUCAGCUGGUAGGUAUUGUAAUAAAUUCGCCUGAACCAAUUUCCAAAAUAUAAGCUUGUACGUGACAUUUUAUACUCUGAUAACAAAUUAUCAAGCCAGACAGCAUUGUUUAUUUGUAAGUGUUUUAAAGCGAAUUAUCCAUUUUCAAUUACAGUACAUAGCAACAAUUAAUGUUCAGAGCAAAAACGAAAGUUAAAAUGCAGUCUAUUUGAAAUGCACGAAGACAUUUAAAAUAUUAAACUUCCCGUCAACAGGGAGUCUUCCUGGUACAAAAUAUUUUGGAUAAAAUAUUUUAAAAAUUGAUAAAAAUAGCAGCAAAUGUUGAAGUAUUAUUAAAGAGUAUUUCUAGCUUUUCUUGCACGAAAUUGUUUGCAUAAAUGCGAUUUUUUGUCCAUAUAAACAUAAUUUAAUUCUACUUUGGGGGAGUGCAUUUAUCUGAAUUGUGACAGUUGACACGUUUGUGAUACAUACAUUCCAACACGUACAAACUGAAGUUCAUUAUAUAUUUUAUUUUACAUCAACAUUUUGGUCAAAUUAGUUUAGUAAUUACAACUAAUGUAACAAUUUAUAGUAAUAUUUUGAGAAUAAAUAUACAACAUUAGAAAUUAACUAUAUUUAUAAUAACAAAAACAAUUUAAGAAUAUUAAUAAUUAAACAAGUUCAAUCUAGCUAUUACUAAUAUUUACUUUUGAAGAUUGAACAUAAACAAGAACACUCUAGUACAGUAUUAGUUCCUGUGCUUGAAAGUCUGGGUCCUUGGGUUUGUCCGGGUGUUUAUAUGAAGGCGAGCCAGCCUGGGUUACCGAGCUGAUUUCAUCCUGUGUUGACAUGAGACAUUUGAGGCAGGCUGGCCCACUAAAACAAACCACUGGCCUCACUGCUAUAAAUAGUAUAAUAUAAAUACAUUUUCUCACGAACCUGAAAUUCACACUUUUGUGAGCAACUUGAACGGUUAUAACCCACAGAGUUUUUCAUGGAGACCUUUUAAGAUCGAAGUCUGUUGAGAAAGUCUUAUUAACAACAAUAUAUUUUCGUGAAUAUAGCAUUUAUAUGGGAAAUUCUCAGCCUGGCCAUCCAAGAUCUUGGGUCAGUCGAGGCGCAAUCUUGCUUAGACAGGCCAGCUCAGUUCCCAUAUAAACACAAAAUGAAAGUUAGUGGGAAAUAAUAACUAAGGUGGGAUCUCACCUAAAUUGGGCCAGUUAAGGUACCCGGGCUGGCUCACCCCGUAUAAACAGCCCCUUAGUUAUGGGUUGUUUGGCAACAGCUAGAGGCAUUCCAGUAAGCCGUCAGCACUACUACAUUUGAUCUAACCUGAGUGUCAGGCCUUUAUUUUUCCGCCUUACGCUAAAAGGUGAAAAUUGGGCAGAGGAGAGAGAUGUGGGCGAAAGGGUGAAAAAAUAAAGUUUUACCAGUCUCUCCUCCGCCUGACAUUCGGGUUACAUUUGGUCAAGUAUGGUUAGCAUCCUAUAACUUAAUUUUAUUGUCCUAGGGUCAACUAGACUACUUUGAAGAAAAAAACUGGAAAAAGAGGUAUUUUGUGAUGAAAUAUGAAAUAAGCAGUGCACUUCGAUACAUUGAGAUUUACAAGGACAAAAAUUGGCAGAAACAGCUCCCCAGACAUGUUGUGAAUCUGCACCCGGGAUAUGAAGUGAGACGAAAGGAAGAACCAAAGAAAAAAUAUUGCUUUUCGGUGAAGACAACAGACCACACCUUAUUUUUGGCAUCUGAAGAUGAAAAUGCUAUUAACCACUGGAUGGCUACACUAGAAGAAUAUAAUCUAGGUAUGUAUUAAGGUGUUAUGUACUUAGUAUGGAAAAUAGGAACCAUUGGCAUACAGGAGCCAAAAAAUUAGGGAGUGGCCGAAAAUUUUCCCAACAUCUGUGAACUUGCUUGACCUGAAAAAAAAUUUCUUGUACAUUUUCCAAAAUUCCUGUCAACAGAGGGACCCUCCCCCAGGGGCGGAUUUAGACCGUUGCAACUGUAGCAUAUGCUACGGUCAGAUUUUCCAUAGGCCAGUUCUAACAUGGAUCAUAAAAUCAAUGUAAAAUAUAAUUUAGCAAUAUUUUGUUUACUUUCCUUGUUUAUAUUUCAAGGUUUUAUUUUAUUUAGUUUUAUAUGUUCUAAAACAUUUUAUUUUGACAAAUUGAUGACAUUUAUAAUACGUAACGUUAAUUAUUUUAAGAAUUCCCGCCCGAAAAUACGGUUGUAAUUGCCCGUUUGCGGGUCAUUACGCAAUGGACUAUAGCUUAGAAAAUAUCAUCCUUCAGAAAUACACCGUAGCGUGUUGCCCAUAUAUGAUCAAUUUUCGCUACGGUCAGAUUCAUUAAGGUCGAAUCUGACCGUAGCGAAAAUUGGCAUAUACGGCAUUCUGAUUGGUUUGCUACGGUCAAACGUAGCAAACCAAUCGGAAUGGGGCAAAUGCUAUAGUUUGCUACGGUGGCAUGAAAUUGGCUACUGCUCCAGAACGAUGGAAUAUCUGAUAUUUGUGUUUGGCUCAUCAACAACAUGCUAUUGGGAACCCACAGUACGGUUGUGCGCAUUUCGAAAUGAAAGCCGUCGUAAAGCUAAAGGAUUUAUAUGCGUCGAGGUAGAAAUAAAAUCAGAUAGUAAAACGAAUCAUUUCCAGUCAGGUAAGCCUUAUGAAUGAUAAACGUAGCAAACCAAUCGGAAUGGGGCAAAUGCUAUAGUUUGCUACGGUGGCAUGAAAUUGGCUACUGCUCCAGAACGAUGGAAUAUCUGAUAUUUGUGUUUGGCUCAUCAACAACAUGCUAUUGGGAACCCACAGUACGGUUGUGCGCAUUUCGAAAUGAAAGCCGUCGUAAAGCUAAAGGAUUUAUAUGCGUCGAGGUAGAAAUAAAAUCAGAUAGUAAAACGAAUCAUUUCCAGUCAGGUAAGCCUUAUGAAUGAUAAGAGAUGCACAUUAUAUUUUAAUUUGAGUUUUUACUGUAUAGUGUUCGCUAUUAACUUCGCUUUAUUAAAGUGUUUGUGCGCGUAUGUACAGUAUAUCUGCAUGUAUUGGAAUUAAUACGCGAAUUAUGAUAUGCGCGUAUAUAUAUCGUGUUUUAUAGCGCGCUAAUAUUUGUUUGUAAUGCGUAUAUAUUCGUAAGAUACGCGUAUUCAUAUCAUACGCGCGUUCAUAUGAUAUGCGUAUUCGUAUGAUACACGCGUUCGUAGAUGAUACGCGCAUUUCGGUAUUCAAUUGAUAAUGAUAUGCGUAUUAUACGAGUAUCAUACCGAUAUCGUAUGUUAAAAUAUACGCGAGCAAUAGUUUACAUUUUGAGAUCAUUUCGGCUUAUUUUUGCUUGAGAAAUGAAUACAAUGAGGACAAAUUUAAUGGUCACAUGCAGUGCUCAGAACGCAGGAAAUGGCAUUUCCGGGCUUCAAAUUUCAAAAAUUUUCUCGGGGGGGCAUGCCCCCGGACCCCCCUAGCUAUGUGAGGUCUUGGAAAAUGCUACGGUCAGAUUUUUGGCUGGAUCCGCCCCUGGACCCUCCCCUCUGUUGACAGGACCUUUAGAUUGACGUUUGCUGUAAACGUCAAACCAUUAACAAAGUGUUUGAUAUUACAACUAUUAUAACAGCUUUUACACCAGUUUUGAAAUAUAUUAAACAAUUCUUAAACUUGUGCUCUUUAGCAAUGAUUUAAGAAAGCAGAUUAACCUCUAGUCAUGUAUUUACCAAAGCAGUAAAUUAAGAUCUGGUUGUUUGAAGUUGAUGUUUGGCAUAUAAAUUUUAUGCUAAUUGAACUGUUACAAGUGCUUGUAGUCGUUAAAGCAUGAAAUUUAUAUGCCAAACCACAGUUAAUAGGUCUAUUAACCGUGGCCAAACGUAAACUUCAAACGCUAAAUCUUAAUUUACUGCUUUGGUGAAUACCUGACUAGUGGUUAUAUUUUCUUGAAUCAUUUUUAAAUACCACAAGUUUAAUAAUUGUUUAAUAUAUUUCAAAACUCAGGUGUAAAAGCUGUUAUAAUAGAGUUGUAAAAUCAAAAACUUAGUUAGCGGUUUGCCAUAAACGUCAAUCUAAAGGUCUCUUAUUUUUUUAAACACAUUUUGAAAAUGUAAUUUCUUCCCGCUCCCACCAAUUUAAUACAUGCCGCUCUUCCCUUUGUUCCGUAGUGAAAUCAUUCUGUGUACAACCCCAAGAUACACCAACUAUGGCAAGAAUCGAAGCAGUGUUUCCAUGCCACCUCCAGCUUGUACACUCCGAAGUACGCCUCAUUAGUGCCAUGGAUGGGAAAAUACUGGGACUGUGGCCCUUCAAGUGUAUACGACGAUACAAAUUUGUUGGCAAUUUGUUUUCAAUUGAAGCGGGACGCAAAGCACCUACAGGUGAAGGCAUUUUUGAAUUUAUCUCUAAUGAAUGCUCUGAGAUAUACAGAGUGAUGGACACUAUAAUACGCACAAAAGCGGGGAGCACGACAAUGAAUCGGAUUGCAUCAGAACGAAUCCACAAUCAGGUCGAACAAGGGCAUCAACCAGUCAAAAAAGUAAAUUCAGUACCUACUUUACCUAAACAAGAAAGUCGUUAUGACUAUGCCCGACCUAUACAAACUACUAUAGCAAGAACGCCUCCUCCCUCCGUCCCUUUACCAAUCCCACCAGAGUUGCCCCUUGCUAAGUCAGACCCCACCUAUGACAUACUAUCUCCUGGCAUUGACAGUGAAGUUGAUGGUAAAUUUUUGAAACAUGGUGGUACCCCUUCAGAUGACAGUGAAUAUAAUACUCUUCAAUUUGAAAAUGCUCAACCAAAGGAAGGUCAAUCUCCUCUUCCCCGAAGAGCUCCAAAACUUGCUGGCUCACCUGGUAGCUACGAUACAUUAGUAUUUGAUGAGGACACUUCAAAUAGAGAUGAAACAUUAAGAGCCCAAGGAAAUGAUGGACAAUAUGACACACUUCAGUUUGGCGAAAACAGAGAUACUUCAUUGAUGAGCGAUAUUCAAGGGAUGAAGAAUCGGCUCAAUGAUAAUGAUCUUGCACACAGUUCAGGCAGUUUUUACAACACUCUGGAUCAUUCCUCUGGCUCAGUUGGAAGCAUAUCCAGUAAUACGUAUGACACUUUAGACACUGGAAACAAGAUUCAGUCAGGAGAUACAUAUGACACUCUCGACAAACCACAGCCACCAACUACCCUAGAUUUGGGCAGCAACACAUAUGAUGCUUUACAGCAUGAGAACCAAAAACCCACAGGGAAAGAUUCCCCAGGGAAGCCUAUCAAGCCCCCACCCAGAAGGAAACCUCCAUCAACACCGCAACAACCUGAAAUGCCAGCGAGGAAAAUCCCUGCCGGGGUAAAGCCAGAGAAACCGGUCAGACCAGUUCGUAAGAAUGUACCUGCAAAAGAGGUCAUGGACGACCAAAAGAGACCAAAAGCCAAAAGUAUUAGUGAUGUGAUACAAAAACGGUUAGCCAACCCGCAACCACCUGUAGAUGACGGUAGUUAUGCUUCGGUUGAUCAUGAAUAUACAUCAAUAGACUAUACUAAAGUAUCUAAAUCAGAUAAUGAUUCUUCUGACAUCUAUACCGAGCCUAAUCAAGACAAUACUGAGGCAACACCUAUACCCAAACCAGUGCAGAAGCCUACAAAGCCAGCAAAGCCUGCUAGGGGUAACCCUAAACCAAUCAAGAAUUUAUUCAAGAAAGUGCCUCCUAAACCAAAAGCUGAGGGAGAUGGUGGUAACUUUGCAAAUGAACUUAAGAAAAAAUUGGACAUAAAAAAGAAGAAAAAAGGACAUAAACCUGCCCCAACCAAUCAAACUGGUCACCAGACUGGUCAAUCCGGUAUUGAUGAUGACAUUUAUGAUGAAAUUGACCAUUCUCGUGGAACACAUUACAGUGAGCCAGACACUUACAGUGAGCCAGGCACUUACAGUGAGCCUGGCCGUUAUUACAGCGAGCCUGACCGUCAUUACAGCGAGCCUGAUCCUUACAGCGAGCCUGCUGUAUAG